UUUCCAUAAAGUACGUGAAGCUGCUCCAUGAGAUCCAGCAGAUUUCAGCUCUGAAGUGGGAAGUUUGUGAACGUGUGACUUAAAACAGGCUUGUUCAGACGGAGUUGCACACAGUGAUAGAUAUCAGCAGAGACCUUAAGCCGUUUGUUGCUUGAUUGGAGCAGAUUAAAGCCUGUGCGUCUUGCUCAGCAUCUGAAUGUUUAGUUAAAACAGAUUUAGGACGUCUGUUUGUGUGUUUCAGCUGGUUUUUGCAAAUGUCCUGUUUUGGUUUAGAGGAGAUUCAGGUCACUGCGUGUCUGUGGGUCAGAGAUGAAAUGCAGUUUUUCCAUUGCCACUUGGGAAGGCACUACACCACUCUGCUAAAGAUGAGAGCAAACGUUAAAAUGACAUUUCCAGGAUUCCCGUUACCUUUUAUCUCAAGCGCGCUCUGUUUUUUGACAGAGAGGGGCCUCGGCGACAAGCAGCGUCUCGGCUGGGGCCUCCCAGCGCGGCACGGCUCUGGCAUUCGUCUACACAAGCAGAGAGCCGCCGUCGCCGGUCACCGUUUGUCCUCUGCCGAGUUGUUGAAGGGAACAUAUGUAAACCGGUGCUUGUAGCAGGCUCUCUCCUGCAAUGAAGCGGCGUUCUGGACGCGGCUAGCUCCCCUGUGGCAUGAGCUAACAACGCUUUAAUUCAGGCCUGGCCAUAUUUAGGCAGAGCUCAGUGCUGUGUAAACACGCCGCUUGCUGCCAAGGGGAGGGCUCACUGCUGCACUCAUGUCCGUGUCCAUCAACGGUGGAUUGCAGAGAGCCCUGUGGAGAAAGGUGAUGAAGGUUUCUGAGGCUGGCAGCAUUUAGGGACCAUCACAAGUGUCUCAGAGCAUGACGCGCGUUAUUAUGAGAGACGCUGGUGUGUCAUUUUUAAUUCCCCCGCUGAUCUGAGAUGGAUGACUUGGACUACCUGUGAGGACCAGGAGUGCAGCCUGAGCGAUCAGCGUAAGAGGGAAGUUUUGUUGAACCCUCACGGCAGCAUGAGUGAAGCUCUCGUGGAAAGCUCCAAGGAGCCGGCUUGCUUCCCACUCAGCAGCGCUCAGCCCAUCAAGCUGCAGCUGCAGACUCCGUCCGGCUCGCCCUGCGGAUCUCCCAGGAUGUCCCCCUGCGAUUCUCCUCGGGACUCCCCCCGGCACUCUCCGCUGCUGUUUCGCAAGCUCCUCGUGAACCGCAGCAUCGCUCUGCAGCGCCGCUUCACCUUGGCGCACAUGCCCAGUUUUGAUGUGGAGAAUGGCCUGUCGGUGGGUCGCAGUCCACUGGACUCUCAGACUAGCCCGGGCUCUGGUCUGGUACUUCAGGGCAACUUCCCUCACAGUCAGCGCCGCGAGUCUUUCCUCUACCGCUCCGACUCAGACUUUGACCUGUCGCCCAAAACCAUGUCUCGCAACUCGUCCACUGCCAGCGACCUGGAGGAAGGAUUGAAGCAUUGGGAAGUUAAUUGGCUGCCUCGGCAUGGAGAAGACAUGAUAGUGACUCCAUUUGCACAGGUUCUGGCCAGUCUGCGAACAGUAAGAAGUAACGUUGCUGCUCUUACACAUCUCCAAGAUCGUGUGGUAAACAAACGACCAUCUAGCGCCAGUCAGCCUCCUCUGUGCAAGCCGUGUAUUUCAGAAGAGCCCUAUCAGAAGCUAGCGAUGGAGACUCUAGAAGAGCUGGAUUGGUGUCUGGACCAGCUGGAGACGCUGCAGACGAGACAUUCAGUCAGUGAGAUGGCGUCCAAUAAGUUUAAGAGGAUGCUGAACCGUGAGCUGACGCAGCUAUCAGAGACGAGCCGCUCAGGGAACCAGGUGUCAGAGUUCAUUGCCAGCACUUUCCUCGAGAAGCAACAUGACGUGGAGAUCCUAUCUCCGCCUACUAAGGAGAAGGAGAAGAAGAAAAGGCCGAUGUCACAGAUUAGCGGUGUGAAAAAGGUCACACAAAGCCCGAGUUUAGCACCUGCCCUCAUCCCUCGCUUUGGAGUCAACACACCGCAUGAGAGCAUGUUGGCAAAAGAAAUUGAGGACCUUAAUCGCUGGGGUAUGGAUAUUUUCAAACUAGCAGAAUAUGCAGGAAACCGCCCUCUGACGGUGGUCAUGUACUCCAUCUUCCAGGAGCGAGAUCUUUUAAAAACCUUCAAGGUGCCAGCAGAUACCUUCCUCACCUUCAUGAUGACUUUAGAGGACCACUACCAUGCGGACGUAGCUUAUCACAACAACAUCCACGCAGCUGAUGUGGUGCAGUCCACCCAUGUUCUCCUGUCCACUCCUGCUUUAGAGGCGGUGUUUACAGACCUAGAGAUCAUGGCGGCUCUUUUUGCAAGCGCCAUCCAUGACGUCGACCACCCAGGCGUCACCAACCAGUUCCUCAUAAACACCAGUUCCGAGUUGGCACUAAUGUACAACGAUUCAUCUGUGCUGGAGAACCACCAUCUCGCUGUUGGCUUCAAGCUACUGCAAGAGGAAAACUGUGACAUCUUCCAGAACCUCAGCAAGAAACAGAAGGACUCCCUCCGAAAGAUGGUGAUUGACAUG